AUGAAUGGAGAGAUCCAGCCGAUAAAUGGACAUGAAACUACGAUCAAGGUGGAGGAUAGGUUGGACGAAGGACAGCUAGACCGACUGGCUACGGGCGUAACGGUCGAUACGGCAGAUAGCGCUACUACGACGGCCCCCCCAGUGAAACCAGAGAAGACGUCCGCCAUCGAACUACGGCGAGGUGUCAUCCAGAUCUUACCAGUCGAGAAUGACAAACAACCCCGCUCCCUCGUCAUCCUCACCAAUCUCAAGACGUUGUUUCAGAAACAACUUCCCGUGAUGCCUCGAGAGUAUAUCGCGAGACUCGUUUUCGAUUCAAAUCAAAAAUGUUUGGCCAUCUGCAAACGGGGAUACAAAGUUGUGGGAGGGAUCUGUUAUCGACCGUUCGAGCAUCGCGGGUUCGCAGAGAUCGUUUUCUUUGCGACGGCCUCCGUUGAUCAGGAGAAGGGUUACGGUGGCCUUCUCAUGGAUCACUUCAAGGCCCACAUUAAACGGACCUAUCCGAACAUGAUGCACUUCCUGACCUACGCCGACAAUUACGCUGUCGGUUACUUCCGCAAACAGGGCUUCUCAAAAGAAAUCACACUCGACCGGUCCAUCUGGGCUGGCUACAUCAAGGAUUACGAAGGAGGAACGAUCAUGCAGUGCACCAUGCUCCCGAAGGUGGAUUAUCUGAGUACGAAGGAGUUAGUGGCGAAACAGAGAGAGGCGAUAUUGACGAAGAUCAGGCAGAUGAGUAAGAGCCAUGUGGUUUAUGAAGGGUUGAAGUUUGAAGUGAGAAGGGAGGGUACGGUUGAAGGAGGUGGGGAAGUGGGUCAAAAUGAGGAGAAGGUGGUGCCUAUUGAUCCUAAGGAUGUACCAGGGUUGCGCGAGAGCGGAUGGUCACCAUCCAUGAUCGUCAGGGAGACACGACCAAGCGCGAAGGACCUAGAGAAGAGCACCAUGAAGCGCCUCCUAACAGAACUUCAAGCGCACGGUAGUUCUUGGGCUUUCCUCGCUCCUGUGAACGUAGUCGACGCACCGGAUUACUACGAUGUGAUCAAGAACCCUGUGGACUUCGGAACAAUGGAAAUCAAGGUCGAAACGAACCAAUACCCAAACCUCGAGGCUUUCUUGGCUGACGCGCAACUUGUGUUCGAUAAUUGUCGAAAAUAUAAUGCCGAAGGAUCGAUAUUCUGGAAGAAUGCGAAUAAGGUGGAAAAGGUCUUGAAGGAUUUGGUCAGCCGGUUACGGAAUUGA